ACGCAACGCCUUACCUUCCUCAUGGCACAAGUGCGAUUCUUCACUCAGACACCUUGUGCUUAUCUACAAUUCAAUUUGCCUGAUUUGGACACCAUCGGAGUUAACGGCGGUAGCGAAAGUGGGGCAUAGACAUGUAUAUCAGCCUUUCCCCAAGCACAUGUUCCUGAUCCCAUAUUCUAGAUCCAUGCGUCGAAGUCGCAUGAACCGUCGUACAAGACCUGCAAAACUUCAGCUUGCUUGAUUUCUAACAAAUGUCCUGCCCUAACUGCUUUAGCGGUCACGUCAACGCGGCUACUCCGAAGGGGAGGGAGGAGAAGGUGUUCGACCGUGAUUGUUACAUCGCCGAGCCUGGAGAAGGCAAGGCCGUCAAAGGAAUCAUCGUCAUCAUCUCAGAUGCCUUUGGCUGGCAGUUCGUCAACAAUAGAAUCCUUGCCGACCACUAUGCAACACGCGGCGAUUUUAAGGUCUAUCUUCCCGACUUCAUGGACGGCACGGCUGCGCCCAUUUCGCUGUUGACGACGACAAACAAACUGCUGGAGGACAAAUCCCUCAUUGGCUGGCUCAAGAAGCCCUUCCAGGUUGUGUCUCUCCUAUCUGUCGCAGCCCCUUAUAUGAUGAGCAACAGCUUCCCGAAGUCCUGGCCGAAGGUUACCUCGUUCUUUCAAGCUCUCCGCGACAGCGAAGAGGGCAAGAAACUGCCUAUCGGCGCAGCUGGUUUCUGCUGGGGUGGCAAGCACACCGUGAACCUCUGUCACGGCUUUCGAACUCCCAGCGGUGUCAAUCUGAUUGACGCGGGUUUCACCGCUCAUCCAUCAAACCUGUCCAUUCCCUCAGAGAUUGAGAAAUUAAAAUUGCCUUUGAGCAUUGCCCAGCCAGAAAAAGAUAUGGCUGUCAGUGUGACACAGUAUGAGACCAUCAAGACGACUUUAGCAAACUUGAAAAAGGAAGAGGGUCUGGAGAGCGAAGUCGUCGAAUACAAAGGGACGACGCAUGGAUUUGCCGUGAGAGCAGAUGAAAGCAAGGAUGAAGCCAAACAAGCCGAACAGGCAGAGGAUCAGGCUAUCAAGUGGUUCCAGACCCAAUUUGCCAAAGUUGAGAGGUGAUGCAUGAAGUCACUGCCUUUUUGGAAAGAAAUUUUUAGGAUUUGGUGUAGUUUUGAUUCGUAUUUCUUUUUCUAAUUUCACGCGAUUCGAGUGUCAGGAGUACUAUCUACGAAGAUAUACCAUAUUCUUGUCGAUCUGCUUCUCAGAUCAAGUUCGGAUAUCAAAAAUUCAAGUUUUAUGCUGCCGGACGCGAUGAGCAUGGUUUAGUCUUAGCUCCGAAUCUAAAGCAAGUUCGGGUCGUUUUCAUGUUGGUUAUUCGAAAAUCCCUGACUGUCAGUUGAAGAA